AGAUUGAUCACAUGGCUUCUUAAUUUUCAACGUUUCAAAAUGACCGUCACUGUUUGUGAUAUAAACUGCUAAGACUUUUACUCUUAAAUUUCUAGAGACCUAUCAAGUAUGAAGUAUCAAGCAAUAGGUAAGUCGCAUAUUCCCACAGAGUUUUAGCUCAAGACGAUGACGUUCGUGGUAACCAAGUCGUCGCCGUCGGUGCUCGUCCGCCCGUCGGAGCCGACGCCGGCGGCGACCAUCCGGCCAACCUCCACUGACAUGACACGCCUGGGCAUGUCGUUCACGUCGUUCCACGUGUUCGAGCGCGGCGUCGACGAGCCGGCGGAGACCAUCAGGCGCGCGCUGUCGCGUGCCCUGGUCCACUACUACCCCUUCGCCGGCCGCCUCGCCGGCAGCGGCGACGACGUCGUGUUCUCGUGCACCGGCGAGGGCGUGGUGUUCGUCCGCGCGACGGCGAACUGCACCCUGGAGGACGUGAACUUCCUCGGAGCACCGGUGGUCAUGUCGCUCGCCGACCUCGCCGUCCGGUACGGCGGGCCAUGCCGGGCGGCGUCCGACCCGCUGAUGAUGAUGCAGGUGACGGAGUUCGCGUGCGGCGGGUUCGUCGUCGCGGCGACGUGGAACCACGGCGUCGCCGACGCGUGCGGGUUGGCGCAGUUUCUACGCGCCGUCGGCGAGCUCGCCCGCGGUCUCCACUCGCCGUCCGUCGUGCCGGUCAGGUACGACGAGUCGCUGCCUGACAUCCCGCAGCUUGCCACCAUCCUCCUCAAGCGGCUAGCCGCCGGCGUAAAAUUUGAGCACGUCGACUUCGCCUACUGCGACGUCAUCAUCCCGUGGAGCUUCGUCAACCGCGUCAAGGCCGAGUUCGGGAGCAGGCACGCCGGCGACCGGCCUUGCUCCGUGUUCGAGGCGGUCACCGCGGCGAUGUGGCAGUGCCGGACCCGCGCCAUCAAUGGCCACGGCGGCGGCGCCCUCGCGCCGCUCGUGUUCGCGGCGAACGUGCGGAAGCACGUCGGAGCCAAGGACGGGUACUACGGCAACUGCAUCAUGUCGCAGGUGGUGGUCGCCACGGCCGACGCGGUGGCGAACGGCGACGUCGUCGACUUGGUGAAGCUGAUCAAGGACGCCAAGGAGCGGAUCCCGGUGCUCCUCAGCACCAAGACGCUUGGGCUCGACGACAGCGGCGGCGGCGAGCUCGUCGCCGCGCUGUGCGGGUACGGCGCGCUGUACGCGUCGAGCUGGGCGGGGCUCGGGCUCGACGGCGUCGACUUCGGCGGCGGGAGGCCGGCGCGGGUGAUCCCCUACUCGGAGGUGAAGAUGCUGCCGUCCAUCUCCCCGGGCGCGCCGUGCUCGAUGAUGGACGGCCAUGGCGUCAACGUGGUGGCGUCGUGCGUAACAGACGAACACCUCGAGGGGUUCCGGGCACAAUUGGCGAGGCUCUAGUGAUCUGCCCUAUUUCAAAGAGUAUCCUAAAGCGAUUUCAAAUUUUCAAAUCUUUACUUUUAUGAAUUAAGUUUUGCAGAUACUUUUUAUGUCUUUGCUCCA